AUGCUGCCACUGCUGCUGCCCCUGCUGUGGGCAGGGUCCCUGACUCGGUAUGACACAUUCUGGUUGAAAGUGAAGAUGUCUGUGACUGUGCAGGAGGGCCUAUGUGUUCGUGUGCUCUGCUCUUUCUCCCACCCAUGGGAUAACUGUACAUACGCUGUCCCAGCCCACGGCUACUCGUUCCAGGAAGGAGCAAAUAUAGACCGGGAUGCUCCUGUGGCCACAAACAACCCAGAUCGUGAAGUGCAGGAGGAGACUCAGGACCGAUUCCACCUCCUCGGGGACCCCCGGACCUACAGCUGCUCCCUGGACAUCAGAGAUGCCAGGAGGAGUGACUCUGGGACAUACUUCUUUAGGGUGGAGAGAGGAUCUUUUGUGAGAUAUAAUUACAGAGACCACCAGCUUUCUGUGCAUGUGAUGGCUCUGACGCAGAUACCUGACAUCCACAUCCAGGGUAUCCUAGAAUCUGGCGACCCCAAGAACAUCACCUGUACAGUGCCAUGGGCCUGUAAGAGGGGGACACCCCCCACCUUCUCAUGGAGCGGGAUGGCCCUUACCUCCUUGGACUCCAAGAAUCCCCAUUCGCCAGUGCUCACCCUCACCCCGGGGCCCCAGGACCACGGCACCAAUCUCACCUGUCGAGUAAUAUUCCCUGGAGCAGGAGUGAGCACAGAGAGGACCAUCCAGCUCAACGUGUCCUAUGCGCCACAGAACCUGACCAUCAGCGUGUUCCGGAGAGAAAGCACAGUCCCAGUGGUCCUGCACAAUACCACCUCCCUGCGAGUCCAGGAGGGCCAGUCCCUGCGCCUGGUCUGUGACACUGAUGGCAACUACCCAGCCAGGCUGAGCUGGUCCUGGGGAAGCCUGUUGCUGACCCCCUCUCAACCCUUGGAUCCUGGGGUCCUGGAGCUGCCGCGGGUGGUCUUAGAGGAUGGAGGUGAAUUCACCUGCCAAGCUCAGCACCCUGGGGGCUCCUACUACAUCUCUGUUAACUUAGUUGUGGAGGGUAUCUCCUCUUCCUUCCUCCACAUCUCUGGGGAGCAGCGGGGCACCUGGCCUCUAGCCCUCACCCUGCUCAGGGGGGCCCUAAUGGGGGCUGGCUUCCUUCUCACCUAUGGCCUCACCUGGAGCUACUACACUAGCUUGUACCAGACACCCCAAGUCUACACCCCUUUCACCUGA